AUGACCUCCCAAAUUCAACUCCCACCCCGCCCCGUCGUCCUCGACAGCGUUCGUCUCCGCGACAUCGAACUCCCCCUUCCCUGCGCUCCAGAAGCCUGGCACCGCCAGGGAAAAUCUCAACCAUGCACCGCAACUUUGAAACUCUCCUACUCCUCCAUAAUCACAGCCGCUGAAACCGACAAUGUCUCACUGACCCUCGACUACGGCAAGCUCUUCCGCCGCCUAGAAUCCGACGUACGCAACAUGGCAGAGAACAUCUCCUCCCCAUCCCACCCAUCCAACAGACUGAUCAGUCUAUCCGGGACGCGUCGCGAGGAAAUGCAGAGUCGCGGACUGGGCCAGGACCCGCGCGUGAUAGCAGGCGUUGUUGCGGAUGCGGGAUUGGGGCUGUUGGAGACUACGUCUGCUAUCACUGCGGCGCAGGAGCCGAAUCCUAUCUCGGCGGCGUAUGGGGAGUGUGAGGUUCUACUGCAUUUGCCGAAGGCUUUGUUGCGCGCGGAUGAAGGGCUGAGAUAUCGGGGGGGUUAUUGCGCUUGGGGAGGAGGUGGCGCGGGCUUGGUGGUUUUGGAGGAGGAGUUCCGGAUCGAGGGGAUUAGAUGCUAUGCUAUUUUGGGGGUGAAUCCUCACGAGAGACUGGAGAAACAGGCUGUUGUUGUUGGUCUUACGUUCAAGGGUCCUGGGCAGCUUGCUUGGGGGUCUACUGUUGUUGAUACGUAUCAGGCUGUGACGCGGGCUGUGGCUGAGAUGGUUGAUCAGACUGAUUUCCAGUCUGUGGAAUCUUUGGCUACUUUCAUUGCUCGCAUUGUGACCGUGGACUUUGGUAAUGAGAGUGUGACAGUCAAGGUUGAGAAGCCGAGUGCUCUCGCUUUUGUCCAGCGGUCUGGUGUGGAGAUUACUCGCUCCAAGGCUUUCUUUGAGGGUCAUUAA